AGUUGCCUCCAGGUUCAUCUAUCCCUAGCCAGGGUUAUGCUCUCCUGUAGGUGCUGCCUACGCCUUACGUAAAAGACCAUGCAGACCCCCAACUAUAUUGAAUCCGGUCACCAAUGGCUAAACAUUUGCAUUCUUGCCUGGCGAGGAAAGAUAAAUUGAGGUAAUCAGGCGUACAACAUGAACUUUGACCCAUAUUAUGUAUCCCCACCCCGAUAAUAUAUAAGACGGAAGGACAAAGCUCAAGCUGCCAGAAUCGUCGUCCCACUUUACGUGUAGAAACACAGUGUCCUAUAUAACAUGGCGACCCCGGCUGUAUCUCAUCUGGAAAAAGGGAAGGGAAGUAAUGGACGUGGAGAGGAUCUUUCGCGUACACACAAGUGUGGCGAGUGCGGCAAGGAGUUUCGUCGACUGAGUGGCUUAAAGAGACAUAUGCGUUCUUACACUGGCAAGCGACCGUUAAGAUGUGAGGACUGCAGCAAACAGUAUAGUCGGCUUUGUAAUCUGAAGAGACAUAUGAGAACCCACACCGGUGAGAGACCUUAUAAGUGUGAUAAGUGUAGCAAACAGUUUAGUGACCAGGGCAAUAUGAAGAGUCAUAUGAGGACUCAUACUGAUGAGAAACCAUUCAAAUGUGAGGAGUGCGGAAAACAGUUUGGUAGGAUGUAUCAUCUGAAGAGUCAUAUGCGGACUUACGCCGGAGAGAAGCCCUAUAAGUGCGAAGAAUGCAGCAAACAGUUUAGUGUGUUGGGUGGUCUGAAGAUACACAUGCGGACACAUACCGGUGAGAAGCCCUAUAGGUGCGAUGAAUGCAGCAAACAGUUCAGUAAGAUGUGUAGUCUGCAGAAGCAUAUGCGGACUCACACUGGUGAGAAACCUUACAGAUGUGAGGAGUGCGGCAGGCAGUUUAGUCGGCUGUGUAACCUGAAGAGCCAUGUGAUGACUCAUACCGGUGAGAAACCCUACCAGUGUAAAGAAUGCAGUAGGAGCUUCCGUACCUCAGGUAAUCUCCGGAGGCACAUGCGAACCCACAGUGAUUAAAGUACACAGCUACCGAUGUGAAGGCUACAGGCACCAGGGUGAAACCCUACCGUUGUGAAGUAAUAACACUUAGGACACAUGUA